UUUGGCGGCCAUCUUGAAUAUGAAAAUCACGUGCUCAAACUGCGAAACAUAUUAUGGUCCAUAAGACUCAUUUCCAUUUUCCUUCUAUAUUCUUGCUCCAUUGUAAAGCUGAGUGAACUCGUUUCCCGCCGUUAGACUAACAUACAUUCUUCCGAACGUUUCCGUCGAUUACCUCCUCUAUAACAGAGAAACGUCCCUGACAUUUCCAGCUUAUUAAUGGUGGUAUAAGACUAUCAGUUCAUGUUAUGUGAAACAAAGUAUUUCGAGCGCAUGCGGUCACGACAGCCAACAGUCUCUUGGAAAUAGUGGUGGAUUUCAUGUUCAGUUGAGGUUUUGGUUUUAUAGUGGAACGUUCGUAAGCUGGGAAAGUAAGCAGUUUGCAUGGUGAAAAUUAUGGCGGUUAUAACCCGUCGAAACAGUUAAAGCCGCCAUCUUUACGGCCAGCUCAGCAGUGCGAAGCGAAAGUUGUUACAGGACUUCGUGGAUCGUGGAUGGGCUCAAACAAGAAGUUUUCAUUCUGCUACACUUGAGAAAUCUCAUGCAAACGCUUAUAUUUUAGCUUAUUUGGUCUUUAUAAGACCUAUUUCCAGAAUCGUGAGGAGGAAUAUAUACAAGAACGACGCAAAAUGUUUUGGAAAUUCGACUUGCACCCUAGCUCUGCUAUAGAUACUAUGUUAACAAGAGAGGACUGCACUUUGAGCGAAAUAUUGGAUGAAGAUGACGUUCUGCAAGAGACGAAAUCACAAAAUAGAAAGUUGGUGGACUUUUUUAUUAGACCAGAGAUCUUAGAGGAACUAGUAAACCUAGUUCUACAACCACCAGAUGAAAGUAAAGAGGAAUGUCUCAAAUACAAACAUCCCAACAUGGCUUGUGAAGUGUUAACAGCAGACGUAUACGCAAUAAUUGACAAGCUAACAAACAAUGAGGAUCUACUCAACAAAAUUUGGUCAUUUAUGGAAUCUGAACCCCCCCUUAAUCCUCUGCUAGCAAGUUUUUUCAGUAAAGUUAUGGGCGUUCUUAUAAGUAGGAAAACAUCUUUGAUGUUAGAGUACUUAAAAAGUAAAGAAGAUUUUGUCAAUGCCAUUGUGAAACACCUUGGGACAUCUGCCGUCAUGGACUUACUCCUUCGGUUAAUUACCAGCGUGGAGUCUCCACAACUGCGGCAAGACUUACUUGAGUGGUUAAAUGGUCAAAAACUAGUGGAGAGUUUGGUCUCUUUAAUUGACCCUGAAAUUGAUGAAGAGAGAAGCUGCAAUGCUGCACAAAGCCUGUGUGAUGUAAUCCGUCUCAGUAGAGAUCACAUGUCACAACUCCAAGAGAAUGCUGAUCAAGAUCCUUUGCUAGAUGCAGUUCAAAGGAGAGAGACAGUGUCAGAGUUAUUAGAUCAUAUGCUUCAUGAUGCUCAACUUCAUCCCGAUGUAGCACUCGUCAAUGGAAUCUCUGUUCUACUCACACUGUUGGAAGUCAGGAAAGGAAGUGGAGAGGGAGAAGAACCAAUGACUCCCUUGGAUGCAGAAAGACUUGCACAAGGUGUUAGUGCUACAUUAGCUGCUUUAACUCCACGACUCAAAGACUUCCAUCAGCUUCUGGUGGAUCCACCUCCAAUGAAGCCAAUGCUAACGACAAUAGGAACUCUAGACCCUCCCCUUGGCAAUGCUCGUCUUCAAGCCUCCAAGUUGAUUGCUGCCAUAUUAGCCACUAAUAGUGAUACAAUAAAUGCUGAACUAGCUAACUUAGGAACUCUUCAAGUUUUAUGGGAGUUAUUUUUCAAGUAUUCAUGGAAUAAUUUUCUCCAUACUCAAGUGGAGAAGUGUAUAACCACAGUUUUAAACAAUCCCCCAACUGAAGAAGAUGGUGAACAGUCUACUCCUUUAGUCGAUGUUUUAUUUAAAGAUUGUCAAAUUAUACAAAGGAUACUCCAGGAAUGGGAUGAUCUUGAUUCAGAAACAGGGCUGACCAGCAAACGGAAAGGAUACAUGGGCCAUUUGACAAAUGUGGCAAACAGUAUUGUUCAAAGUGUAGAGAAAGGCAAAAACAAAGCUGCUCUUGAUGCAACAUUUUCUGACUUGCCAGAGAAUGUUCGUGAAAGAUGGAAUGCAUUUGUGAGUGGAAAGUUAGCAGAUGUCAACAAACAAAACUUAUCUGAACUGGUUGGUCAUCAUUUUCAGUCUUCUUCAGAUGAUGAAGAUGACUUCAAGCCUAUCUCCUUCUUGCAUACAGAGAGCUCACUUCAACAGGCAUUUUCACGGUAUCAAGUGCAACAGAUAACAACAGAAUUCAUGGACACAUUUGGCCUUGAUGAAGAUGAGUUUCAAGAACCAGAUGACUCAAUUAGUGGGCCAUUUGACAGAAUUGGAGACCUCAGUUUUAGGAUGAAUGCCCAUGAGGAUAAUCCCAACACUGCCCUAUUUGAGGCUUGUUGUAAUGAGAAAAUUCAACAAUUUGACGACAGUGGAAGUGAUGAAGAAGAUAUUUGGGAGGAAAAGGAACUCACAUUUUCAUCCAUUGCAGAAUCAAGGCAAAGUACCCUGUCACCUGAAGGAGAAAGUGACAGUGAGAGUAGCGAAAGUGAUGAUGAUCUGGAGUCACCUGGUGGUAAAGCCCCCAAUGUCCCAUAUAAGAAUGGCAGCAGCCCCCAGGGAUCUCCAGUAAAGCAACCUCCUCCAGCUGCAGACAACAAAAUGGAAGUAGAUCCUACAGAUGCAUGGUCCCUUGCAUUUGAACCAGAGGAAGUAGCAGUAGAUGAAGCCGUGUCUAUGGAUGCAUCAGAUGUUGGCUGGGGAGAGACUCCUGCAGCAACAACAGACACAGGAUGGGCCACAUUUGAUAGUUUUACUGACAUAAGAAUGGCUCCCAGCAGUCAACCAUCAGAGGACGCAGGGGAUCCUCCAGUUGCCAUGGAAACAGAGCCAUCACCUCCUGCUUCACAAGCUGGAGCAGCAUACAUUGUCAAGGAUAAGUCCAACCCAGACAAACAGGAUGAGUCAAGAACACAGGGCCUGGUAUCCAGUGCCGAGGCUCUUGGAGUAGCUACCGAAACUGAAGGCAAAUCUACAGACAAGGCAAAGCACUCACCUGUGGUUGAUAGAGCAGCACUGUACAGGUGUGAGGGUCGAGCAAGUGACAGUUCAGCUCCAUUAGCAACAGAUGAUAGUGACGAUGAUAUCUCAGAUGAUGAAACACCUAGUGUGAGAUGUGAGGAGGCAUUUUCAAGGUUGACAGACAUAGGUGUAACGGAAGGAGAGUCUGCAGAUAGUGGAGUUAUGCCCUUGAAUAAUGUUCACAAAGAUACAAUGUCGAGUACAAAAAUGGAUAAUGGCCCUGUGGACUUCACUAAAGAACCGGGAAAUCAGGGCUUAACAAAGAAAACUAAAUUGGAUCAAGAUACAAGGUCACCCUUAAAGGAGUUAGUGGAAUCACAGACAAGUCUAGUAAAUGGACCAGGCUAGAUUUGCUGAUUUGUAGCCAAUGUUUUUUGUUUGUAAUGUUGUUAAAUUUGUAUGUUAUAGAUGAUGAUCUGUGUAAAAUAUUUUAAUAAUUACUUGGCCUGCUGAAAGUGGAAAUCCCUUACUCAGCAGGCUGGUUUAUUGUUGAACAAGUGUAGUAUUCUCGACACAGUGUACGCUGGAAUAUCUUUGUAUAUGAAGAGUUUUUCUUUAGUCAUAAAGAAUUGGCAUGAGUCAGUUAAUGUUGUAUGAGCAUAGCUCGCAGGCUCUUAUACGCUGCACUUAAGCAAAGCAAAGCUGCAAGGCACGAGUCUCUUCACCCUCCAACUUGUCUCUUGCGGCUCUGCCUUUGCUUGCGCCGCAACACACAGGAGCCUGCUUACGGGCUAGUGUGAGCAUAGACAAGAAACACUUGCAAUGCAUCUACUGUAUAUUCUGCAAAAUUGCCUUAUCUGAGGUGUAGUGUAACAGGCAAACAGACAUUCACUUUCACACACUACAAGUAUGUUGACUUGAACUACAUCAAUUUAAACUAGAGUUGAAAGUGAUGCUCAGUUGAACUUGCAUUGAAUUGCAGCCAGUUUGUUUAUUUUUCUUUUGUUCGUGGUUGGACUGUUUCGCUGUUCACUCACUUUUCAUAAAGUUAGGAACUGGGGUUGGUGUAGUUUUAUGAAUGUAACACUAAUAGUACAGCCUAUUUACUGGGGAGUUGUAAAUUUGAAAGUAGCAUCAGAAUUCACUCAAUGGGGUUCCUGGUGACGUUUUGUUAUGAAAUUGAAGACAAAAAAAUUGAAUUAUCACUGAAGCUAGCCGUUCAUAGUGAAGUGCAGAUGUUGAAAUGCAUCUUCGAGAUACUGAAUUUCUAAAACACUUGUCUUUUAUCGAAGGACAAAUAUUGUUGUAAUGACGAGGACAAGUAAAGUGAUGUACAUAGAACAGGUUUUUUUUUUAAUCCUUGAAAGAUCUUUUCAUGGUAGAAUUUCUUUCAGGUCUUUCUGUUUUAGAUUUCUUACAAAGUUCAUUCAGAAUUCAUUUGGUAUGACUACAAACUCAGCAUAUCAAGCAUCCUUCCAUGGUUCAUCACGUUGUUCUUGCUAUUUUGACAGGAUUCAAACUACUCCUGGAAACUCCUGGAUUUUUGAAAGGUUUUUCCUGGGCCCUAGAAAAUGCUGUGAAAAUUCAAUUUUGGCAUCAACUCCUGGAAAACUCCUUGAAUUUAUCUAUUAAUGUUAGUUGGAGAUUUUUUCACAAAAAAAGCGAAUAAGAAAGUUAUGAAAAGAUUUCUUUACAUACACUUUGACUGAGUAACUUGUGUCAAAGAAAUUGAAGUGAAAUUCCCAACUUUGGGUCCUUUUUUUGUUUUUGUUUAUACCAUUGAAAACUCCUGGAAUGAUAGUAUGAACCCUGUUUUUAUAACUGUUUUGCCUGAUGCAAUAGCAACUCACUGGAAGAUUAACUUGAAAAAUCUCCAGUUUAAGGCUUAACAUUAGAUGAACUCUAUAACUGGUACUCGUAGCUCUUGCAGUGCAGUGCAGUGCAACUGCAUUGUGCAAAGAAAGUCAUGUCUGAUAGACCAGGGUGAGUCAAUUUUUCAUUCAGGUUAGUGGAUUCUAUCGUUUGUUUUCCCAAUAAUAUUAUCAAGAAGACAUUUUCAGUAAGGAACAAGUGCGAAGUAAGAAAUAAUAUUUUGGGAGCCUCUGAGAAUGACUUAUGGGCUAGUGCAUCAGAAAAUUGGUUUUCUUUGCACACUGAGCUUGGAUCUUUUCCUUGUGUCUGCCAAUUUACAUACUUUUACUCGAGAGUUCUGAUUGGCUGAUUUCACUUGACAUAGACAUUUCUGAUAAUAUUGAAUGCUUGAUUUCUGUGAUUGUCGUCAUACCAUAAUUAUUCAUUAGAAGACCACUUAGAAGUUCAAACGCUUUCUGAACUGUCAGUGCAUGUACAAAAAAGCUGUAACCAGAAAGGACCUUCUUGAGGAAAAAGUCAUUUCAGCACUUUGUAGUCAUAACUUGGGUCUGUUGCCCCUUGAAUAAAAUUCACCUUGUGAAA